AUGGCAGAUAAACGACUACCGCAUCUCUCGCCCUUUCGUUCUUACAGCCGCACGGAGGAAUCCGGCCUGGCCAUCUUUCGCCACUGCACUGCUUCGACUGUCUACGAUACAGGUAUGAUUGAGGAUAAUCCAGGUGACGCAGCCACGUGUGGUUUGGACACCAUCCCGUCGACCCUGGUAUGUCAACCCUAUCUGAUCGGCAUCCUGCAGGUUCGCCAUCCAAUCUGCGCCACAGAAUCUGACAUGAAUUUCCCCGAUCGCCGUUCCAACUCCACCAAUUCAUUCUGGAACAGGACCCCGAAUUGUGGUUUGACCCAUCGACAAGACGAGUCGUCUCUCAGCGAGUGA